AGCGACCUGUGAGAGUCUUCAGUAGCCUUCAUAUCUACCACCGCGUGAAGUACACUCUUCCUAUUAACCUCAUCGCUUAUAUUCUAGUUAUUUUAAGAAUUGUUUCAAAAUGUAUUGCGCUCUGGUUUUACUCAUUACGGCUGCGAUCUUCGUUGCUUCCUUUGACGCCACUCUAGAUUCUGUACUUGAAGAAAUGAAGAGCCCACUCAAUAUUAGUUCUAAGCAUAUAUCAGAAAUGGCUCAUAAUUCUUCUAUAGGAUUAAUUCAAGGGAUAGAUUUCUUCUCAGGAGGCAUAAUAAACAUAAGUGCAAUCUUAGCCAAUGAUACUCGUAAAUUUCCUUUCGACUUCAAAACAGAAGUUACAUCUAAUUCAGCUGUAGAUAGUGUUCGAGCUGAUGGCUGCGGAAAGAUCCUUCUAGACAAAUUGGAAAGAAGUUGUCUCGAUAAAUUCGAAAGAUUGGUUACGCAAAGUCAAAGCAUUGUAGAUGAUGCACAGAAGACGACAAAAAUAUGCUGUGCUAUAGCUGAUUAUGAGAAAUGCAGUCUUAGAGCUUACAACAAGGCAAAUUGUGGUGCUGAUAAGGAAGAAGUUCAGAAUCACAUCAAUGCUGUCACGACAUUCAUGACUUUCUUUGUCAGCCGCCGCAGUUGUACAGAAUUCCGUGGACAGUGCGCAAUGGUUUCUUCCUCUCGAGCGAUUAUAGUCUCGUGGAUGGUUCUGUUGCCUUUAGGGUUAAUGCUUAUAUAUUAGACAUUCCGACAAUUUUCAACUUUGAAAAUGUAACAUUUAUAUACCGUUAAGGACUUUAAGCAAAUAUUAUAGUUUAAUUAUAGUUUUCCGAUCAAAUGGUUUUCUGAUGCAGCUCAUUAAUUAUUGAAAUUAUUAUUACUGAAAUUUGAAAUUUUGGAGAAAUGAUUUUAUGAAUGACGAUGUGAAAAGAUUAAAAAUUUUAAAUUAAGUCCGAAAUUUUCAAUGAGAUUGAUGAACAGCUAUCUGAUAAUGUGAAAUUUCUUAGUAUUAAUAUUCACUUUACUUAAAUUAUUUGAGACACUGGUGUAUUAAUGUAUGCCCAGGGUCUCAGACGACAUAAUCGUACAAUUUUUGAAGGUCUUAUAUAAAAAUAUAUGCAUAUAUAUAUAUAUAUAUAUGUGUGUGUGUGUGUCACGUUUAUAUAUAAGAUUAAUACCGCCUCAAGCAGGGGCGUAGCUAGAACUUCCAGCGCCCGGGGACAACUGAAGAAUUUGCGCCCUUUUCUGUGUGCCAAGAAUGGAAAAAAUUUCAUUAAAAAAAUUCGUAGCAUCAGUUUGGCGCCCCUUAGAUGCUCCGCCCGGGAACAGAUGUCCCCAUCUUUCCCCACCCUAGCUACGCCGCUGGCCUCAAGUCUCAAUGGAUUUGUCAGGCGAAACAUGUUUGCAUGAUUUAGUUAAUCAACUUGGUUGGAGGCUUCAAGCACUUUCAAACUUGGUUGGACGCAAAUUUUUAUGUGCACGUUUUUCAAAUUUUUCUGUAGUUUGGAAAGCUUUUUUUAAAAUAAUUUAUAAUUUACUUUGUAACUCAUAUUACGAAGUGUUUCUGGAAUUUUGACAGGAAACUGCAUGUAUUUUUAACGACUUUUCUAGUUUUCAAACUUCCUUUCUUAUUUAAA